CUUGAAGAAUUCAAAAGCAGAGUCUUUACAUCUCGGACUAAGGAUGAAACUGGUCAGGCUGGGAAUACUAUCCAUAGAGUAGAACCUGGUGGUGCAGAGUACAAUUACGCUUCAGCUUCAAAGGGAGCAAAGGUGUUGGCUUUCAACAAGGAAGCAAAAGGAGCUUCUAACAUCUUAGGCAAGGACAAAGAUAAGUACCUCAGAAAUCCAUGUUCUGCUGAAGAGAAAUUUGUUGUCAUAGAACUUUCAGAAGAAACCUUAGUAGUAACAAUCGAAAUCGCUAAUUUUGAGCACCAUUCUUCUAACUUGAAAGAAUUCGAGCUACAUGGCAGUUUGGUUUAUCCAACAGAUGUUUGGUUCAAGCUUGGGAAUUUCACUGCUC